AUGUCGUCGACUUUCCUGGAACCAUCGCACCGGCUCGCGAGUGAAGGGAAGGAUGAAUACAUCUCGUUUGAGCACAUCGUCACCAUCGAAGGCCUGAAGGAACCUGCAACCGCUCUGGCCAUGUCUCCCGAUGGACGUUUCGUUGUCGCAGCGGGUGAGCCACUGUGUCUCAAUCACAAGUAUCGGUCUCUAAUAGACAUCAGCACGCACGCAAAUCGGGAUGUAUAUUCCCUCGUCAUCGGAACCUUCCAUGGCGAGGUGCAUCUUUGGCACAUGAAGGGAGAAUGUGUGGAAGCAAUCACUGUCUCUCCGCCAAUCAAACUUCAGGCGGAAGUGACAGAUAUCGCGAUCAGCAAGGCCCUUCUUUCCAAAGAUGCCCAUUCCACCCUCGUUGCGGUAGCAUGCUCGGAUGGCACCAUCACGAUACUCAAGCUGAGGUCAAAAGGCUUUGAUGCGGACGCGAUGUUCUCAGUCAAGCUGGACGAUCCGAACUUCCUGCCCAAGAGCGUAAGCUUCGCGAACCCUCAAUUGCCAUCAACAACGGAUUUCGAUUUCCGCGAUCUAGUCGUGUUUGCCUAUCAGGGUGGUGGAAUGGCAUCCAUCGCGAUGUUGCAAUCUGGUAGCCAUUUCGUGGCGCACACUGGCUCUAGAUACGAACUCAUCAGUCUAGUUGACGGGAAGGCCAUUAGGGCAUUUGCCUCUGGUCCAUGCCUGACGCUCCUGGCGAAACGUCCUUUGUUAUCCCAGCAGGAUUCAGUUUUCGUAGGAGGCACUGAUGAGGGCCGCGCUCUUGUCUUUGAUCUCGCGACUGGGAAGUGUCUGCAGGAACUGGAAUGUCGGGACGGCCCUAUCCAGCUCACAUCAACGUGUACAUUCCUGGAUUCGCAUUGGCUCGCUCUUGCUGGAGGAUGUCCCGCAGGGGGCUCGCAGAUCGUCGUAUACAAGGCGAACCGCCAACCUGUGAUAGAACCCGCGAUUUCGCCUGAGAAGUCCCCGAAAAGGGAUAUCUGGUGGCUUUUCUCAGUUGCGUCUACGAUCGCCUUGGUGCUGGUUGUUGGAUACAGAGGCUGGAAGGGGCAUCCCGAUCUUCUGGACCAGAACAUGGGCGAGACUAAGGCAAGGUGGAGCGCAAGCGAGAAAAUACCUCUCGCAGGCGACCUCAAUGGGGUGCUCAGCACGAGCGACGAUGAAGCUCGCGCGGUCGGUCACAACGAAAUUUGGAGCGCUAGCAACGAAGUAUCUCAAGCAGGCACUCCCCAUGAUAUACGCGUUCCGGACGAUGAUGAACCCCACGCAGACGGCUUCGACCAGCUGUGGAACACAGACGACGAAGUAUCUUCCACGGGCAUCUCUGCUGAGACGUCCGCCCCGAACGACGAUGAACCUUACGCAGUCGAAGACAUAUGGGCCGCAGGCGGCGAAUCAUCUCACGUGGUUAAGCUCGACGAGAUGCGGAGCGCCGGCAACGAAGUAUCUCACGCGGGAGACCUGAAGGAGGUAACGAGCGCAAGCAAUGACCUGUCCAGUACCUCAGAUAUCUCCAACCUCGCGGUUUGUCGCAAUGCACCUCAUGCUCAGGAAACCUACUGUACGGCGAACCACGACAGCAUCCAUGCAUAUGAGAAUGACUACAACUAA